AUUGCAAAUUCACUUACACACAUCUUGGCUAAACUUUCUUUUAUGGUCCAUGGAUUUGGAAGUUCAUAAUUUUUUUGGUAAAUAAUACUCAUAAAUAGAAAGCUUUUCCCAAAAUUUCAUGUUGCGCAAACUCACGGCUUACGACAUGUAAUUUUUUAAAGUUUCGAUACAAAUUGGAAAAAUAACCAAGGUACGUAAAAGUUGACGUUUCACAUUAAAUUUACGGUAGAGGUGUAUUUUAUUAAAUUUUAAGUCACAUUUUUACCUAAAUAUGUUUUAUUAUUUUAACAUAUUCAGAUAUUAAAUUUGGUGUAAUUAAUAUGCACGUUAAUUGUUGCUGUAUUAAAUAUUGACUUUUUUACAGCAAAAAUAACGAACUUUUGUUUACACUAUGGAACGGAACGUGAAAUGACGCUUUUUUUAUAGCAUCUUUUUAUCUGUCAGCUGUCUGUCAUACAAUGUUUGUUGCCCUGGCAGUUAAGAUCGUUUCACGUACUCCUGUAAGCCUCAUCACAUAUUUAUUACCAUGCCGUCUCCGAAUGCCUGCGUGUCGGAAAAGUCGAUUGAUGUGCAAGUGUUGUACUCGGAUGAGCUGUUUGUCACGGCCUCACCAGUUGCCGGUCCCAGUGGGGUAGGAGCAUUUGGCCCACGAAUUAGUUGUUACUCGGAAAAGUUAUCAUCUAUGUGGAACUGCAGAAAGAUCUACAGCAAAUUGAGAACGCAUGACCAAUGCAAUCAGUUUGCAGAGAGAGGACGCAUACCAAAACAAAAAAUGCGCUCCUAUCACCAUUUGCCAAUGACAUUUAUGAAAGAAUCUGGGCAACUUGGCAAAUUUAGAUGCCAUAAAACACCAGACAGGACACACACUCAGCAUAUAGAGAGCCAGUGGAAAAGUCUAAAGAAUCAAUUUCAACAACAACAUAAACAUGAUUUCGCAGACUAGUGUGAGUACUCAUGGAGGCGUAGGAUAAUGGUGAACCAAUUGGAUGCCUAUGAAGAAUUAUUAAAUGUAAUAAAAUAUAUUUAUAGAUUAGAUUAUUUAAAACAUUAAUACAUACAUAAUACAUUAA